AUGCUUAAACAAUUUUCAAUUGUAUUGGGAAUUUGUCUCUUAGCGAUUACGAAUGGAGUCGUAGGCUCUAUUUUGAAAACGCCUACGGCAUUGGUGGUUUUCGACCCCAUUUUUGAUAACCUUGAAGAUCUCUCUUCGGUGGAUAGUAACAUACUCGGCAUGAUUAAACACCUAAAGGAAAAAUAUGAGGUACAAUUCAAGCCAUAUUCUGAUGAAGAUCUAAGUCUCUUCGAAGAAGGGGAUAGGAAGUUUGAGCACUUAGUGUUAUUGCCGCCUUCUAAAAAGGCUAUUGUUUCGAAGAAGACUUUCAACCAGCACCAAUUGCUCGAAUUUAUCAACAAUGAAGGGAAUAUAUUUGUCGUGGGGGACUCCAGAUCUGCCUUGCCUGAAGAAAUCAGAAGCUUCUUGAAUGAACUAGGAAUAUACCCUUCGCCAAAAAAUUUCAAGUUAAUUGAUCAUUUCAAUACAGUGAACGGUAAAGUCCAAUUGACAGAGAAGAACGUCGAAAAUUCAAGAAUUCUUAAAUCUUUAAAUGUUGAGUAUGAUGGCUCCGCUGCCUUAAUUUCAAACAAUGAGAUGUUGUUUCCUAUUAUAAGAAGCUCUAAGACUGCUUUUUCCUCGGAUGCACAAGAAGUUAUUUCUCAGCAAUCAACAUGGAGCUUCGGAGAGCAGGGAUUUAUGGCAGUUGGUAUGCAAGCAUUGAAUAAUGCCAGAUUGGUUUGGGUCGGGUCACCUUCUUUAGUAUGUAACGACUUACUUGAUUGGACUUUCCAAGAAAAGAACGUCUUGAAAUUAAAGUUUGUGCAACAUUUCAAAAGCGAAGUACCAGAAAUUGUCAAUCCGUCAUUGUACCGUAUAACUGAUCCGGUCACAUAUACAAUUGGUGUUUCAGAACUUGUAAAUGGCAGUUGGGUUCCAUUCACCGUUAAAGAUAUUGAAGAUACGCUACAAUUAUCGUUCAAAAUGCUUGACCCUUACCAAAGGCUUAACUUGCAACCAUUAGGUCCUGUAGCAUCAACAGAAGGAAGUAACGAGUUAGACGCAUAUGCGUAUUUUGUGCAAUUCAAAAUUCCUGACCAUCAUGGUAUGUUUACUUUUGAGCUAGACUUCAAAAGACAUGGUUUGUCAUACAUUUUGGAUAAGAAAGUAGUACCUGUAAGACAUUUGGCAAAUGAUGAAUAUAAGAGAUCGUGGGAUAUACCUAAUUCAUGGUUGUAUGUUGCUAGUGCUGUUUUAGUUGUCUUGUCUUGGCUUGCAUUCAUCGUCAAUUAUAUAUACAUCGGAAACGUAAAUUACAAGAAAAAGAAUAUUUAG